AUGUGGAUCAGCUUGUUCCUCUCCACGCUCGAGACGACUAUUGUGAGCACUUCCCUCAUCUCCAUCACCGAUGCCCUGAGCGGUUUCCUUCUCAGAGAUUGGGUUGUCACCGCAUAUCUCUUGACAUACACUGGUAAGAGACAAGCCUACUCCGUCCAAGUGUCUUAUCGAUCCAACCGCCAUUGCUGACGCUCUCCCUCAAGGCUUCUUGACCAUCUUCGCCAAGGUCAGCGACCUCUUUGGCAAAAAAACUAUGCUCCUCGUGGCCCUUGCCAUCUUCACUGUCUUCUCUGCCCUCUGCGGCGCGUCGAAUGACAUCGUCACCCUGUGAGUCUUUGGAGUUUGGAUAAGCCCCUUCACAUCCCCUUAGCAGAAUCCGCCAACUUACGCGCGCGCACUCCGUCGCAGAAUCAUCUUCCGCGCCUUCCAGGGCAUUGGCGCCUCGGGCAUCUACUCCAUGGUUCUCGUCCUCGCCCCGACCUUGGUGCCGGUCCGCAAGUACGGCAAAUACAUGGCCAUCGUCGCCACCGUCUUCCUCAUCGCCAGCGUCCUCGGUCCCGUCCUCGGCGGCGUCAUCAACGCCCACUCCUCCUGGCGCUGGGUCUUUCUGCUAAAGUAAGAUCCCCCCCUCCCCUGUCUCCCCUUUCCCGUUGCCGAUGAAUUGUGCCUGCUGACACUCUCAACGCCCAGCAUACCCGGGGGUGCGGUCGCCUUCAUAACACUCGCCGUUUUCCUACCGAUGUCGGACGAAUCCUCCCAGCUCUCGAUGAAGCAGAUUGUCCGCUCCAAGUUCCGGCUGCCUGUUUGGGCCCGGCUCGACCUGCUGGGCAUGUCGCUGCUGCUCGCCUUCUCCGUCCUUUUGAUAUUCGCCCUGGAGGAAGCCGGCGCGAGAUAUCCCUGGCGCAGCCCCGCCAUCAUCGCCCCUCUCGCGCUGGCGGUGGCGUUGACCAUCGGGUUCAUCGUCUGGGAGAUCUACGUCGAGAGGUCGGCUUCCAGACAGGAGCCCGUCUUCCCUCCCAGCAUCUGCAAGGACAGGUUGCCUGCUGCGUUGCUUCUGUGCGUCCCCAUUGCCUCUUACUAACCGGGAUGGAGACAUCGAGAGCUGACAAGUGUUGCACAGAUCUGCAUUUUUCAUCGGCUUCCCGUUUGUGUCCAUCAUCGUCAACCUGCCGCAGCGAGCGCAGGCCGUGUACGGCAAGUCGGCGUUCGAGGCGGGAAUUAGCAUGCUCCCUCUGCUCCUGGCGUCUCCGGUUGCGACGGCACUGGCUGGGUUCCUAACAGGAAGGGCUAAAGUCCCCCUUUUCUACAUCCUUGCGGUGUCUGGCGUGUUCCAGCUAGUCGGGGUUGGGCUCACCUGCGGCCUACCAACUAACGCGGCGACGUUUCCCAAAGAACUUUACGCCUAUGAGGCCAUCAUGGGUUUCGGUUUCGGUCUUGGCCUCUCGACUCUCCUCAUCCUAGCCCGGCUCGUCGUUUCCAAGGAGAAUCUUCGUAAGUGAUUCAAGCUUAGGCACGGUGACCUCAUUGAAGGUACAGACUGACCGAUUCGGUAGCGGUAAUGAUGGGUGCGGCAACACAGGUCCGUGUACUCGGGGGCACCAUUUCGUUGGCAAUCUGGUAAGCAAUCACAACAGUCAGCCCUACUCAUCGUCUGAACUUUGCCUGACCUCACUGUGUCCAGUGCAACGAUGCUCAACAAUUACGUCAAACCCAAACUCGGCGAGUUGAUCGACCCAGCCGAGGCGGCGGCGGUCUUGGAGUCCCUUUCGGAGAUUCAAACCCUCACGGAGCUGCAGCAGAUACAAGUCAGACGGGCCUUCGCGGAGGGAUACAACCAACAAAACAUUUUCAUGACGGCGUUGACGGGUGUAGGCUUCGUCGCUACCUGUUUCCUGUGGGAGAGACAUCCAAGAAGGGCCGAGUAG